UACACGACACACGCGAGCUCCGUGGCGCUUUACUUUGUUUUCUUUACGCACCGACGCGACGAAUAACUUUACAACCUGUUUGAUUUAUGUCUGUGGAAUACAUCCAGCGCACUUUCCAAGGGACUAAAGAGCGUUUCAACUUUCUGAUUUGAACGUGCCAGAUGGAAGCAACUUUGCAUUUUAGUUUGGGUGUCAUAUGUUACAAAUACUGGACGAGUGGAUUACUGAAUGCGUAACCGGUGCUCUACUUUAAAAAACUAAUCAACGGGAACGCGUUCGUGUGAUUAUGGUGGUUGUAAAGCUUUGGAUUUCUGGGCAGAAAUCCUGAAGUCCCUCAUAAGGGAUUCACUGUUGACGACAGAGACAUUGGAGAAGACGGGCUGGCCACUUGACCCUUUUUUCGCGAGCACGAGACGCACCGGAGCGCUCCGCUUUCUGACGCCGUUAUUGUGAAGGUCCUCUGUGACCCGUUUGGCGUGAGAUUAAGCAUGAUAGCGAGCAUGGAGGUAUCGCAGUGCCACGCGGCGCUCCGCAGACUCCUGUAGGCUCGGUCCCGGUGGUACUGCAAUGCUCGCCAGACCCCCCCGCUUCCGCGUACUGGCUCUGUGAUCCAGGCAAAGGGCGCGAGGAUGAGCACAGACCUGGAGCGCCUGUCGCUGAACUCUUCCUCGGGCAACUCCGUUGCUUCCAGCGCGCGUUCCCUUUCCGCCAACGUCAAGAAGCUGCACAACGCGCUCAACCUGCUGCUCAGCGACCUCGAGAGAGAGCAGUUCAUUCACUGCCUCAAUGUGUACCACUCCAAGCGCAAUGUCUACGACCUGGUCCAGACGCUUAAAGUCAUACUGAACGUCCCGAGCAAGCGUCAGCUGCUGCCGAUGCUGCGGCUGGUCAUCCCGCGCUCGGAUCAGCUUCUGUUCGAUCAGUACACAUCAGAGGGGCUUUACUUGAAAUCCGAAAUCCAUGCGCGCAAUGGAGACCCGGACGGUGCCCAGGAGGGUGCUAAUUCGAGUCCAACGCACGGGGCUAAUUUCCCGGCGUCUCAAGUCGCUCUGCGCGGGUCUCCUGACAGCAUCAGCACCAGCAGCGACGGGACAGCGACUCUUAUUCCUUUGCUGGGAAGGAAUUUCUUACCGGAGCCCCCUGGAGAGAUCCGACAGGUGAUCCUCAAGCGUCACAAGAGCAACGAGGGUUUGGGAUUUAGCAUCCGCGGAGGAUCCGAGCAUGGAGUUGGGAUCUAUGUUUCACUGGUGGAACCGGGAUCACUGGCUGAAAAGGAGGGUUUGAGAAUGGGAGACCAAAUAAUGAAAGUUAACGACAAAGUGUUUGACCGGGUCACGCACGCGGAAGCAGUAAAGGUGCUGAAAGGCAGCAAAAAGCUCUGCAUGUCAGUGCGUUCUGUGGGCAGGAUACCAGGAGGUUAUGUCACCAAUCACGUCUACACCUGGGUGGAUCCUCAGGGGCGCAGUGUGUCUCCUCCACCCGACCUGCUGGCGGAGCAUCGCAGUGCAACCCUGCGCAGGUCCAACAGUCAGGGCCGCAGUCACAUGCAGCUACUGCAAGAUGGAGACGAGAAGAAGGUUAAUCUGGUGCUGGACGACGGCCGCUCUUUGGGUCUGAUGAUCCGCGGAGGAGCUGAAUACUCUCUGGGUAUCUACAUUACAGGUGUGGACAGAGGCUCUGCAGCGGAGUGUGGAGGGAUUAAGGUAGGAGAUCAGAUCUUGGAGGUGAACGGACGGAGUUUCCUCAGCAUCCCGCAUGAUGAGGCCGUACGAGUGCUGAAGUCUUCACACCAUCUCAUGAUGACGGUGAAGGACGUGGGACGGCUGCCGCACACUAGAACCGUAGUGGGAGAAACCAAGUGGAUCGCCAGUUCACAGAUCUCUGACAGCUCGGCCAGCAGCAGCGUCACUGGUAUCUCUCUGGACCAGGGAGCAUCAACGUCAGCAAAGCUGGUGAAUGGUGUGCGGCCUGGCACAAUAUGGCUUUUGUCGCAUCAUCCAGGUGGAUGCUGCACACUGGUGGUGGAAGAGGAGAUCCCCCCAACUGUGCUCCGCUGGCCAGCCGGAGAAGCUCUUCCCCUCUUACCUCAGCGCUGCCCUGGGAAAAAAAAAGGCCUGGCUCCUUAUCCCGACAGAGGGAAGCUUACAGGCUAUCACACUUCCUCUGGUCAGCGCAAUCCAGCACCAAGAGGAUGGCAGGGGUGA